AUGUCGUUUGGUACUGCGAUCAAAAAAACACUCGAUAUCGGAUCAAAUGCUGCUUACGGGUUCUGGCUUACCCUUCCUAGUGCAGCAGUAGCCAAGACUAUACUGCGAUCUUGUUCCACCGACCCAGAGGCUGGCUUUAGUUGGGUCUUGAUCGAUGCAGAGCAUGGGCUCAUCUCUGACAAAGACUACUACGAGCUCACCAACGCAAUUGCUUCAGAGGGUGCGAGCCCUUUGAUCCGUGUUCCAUGGUCUGAAGAAUGGCUUAUAAAGAGAGCCCUUGAUGCUGGAGCACACGGGAUUGUUACACCAAUGUGUCAUUCUGCCGAGGAUGCUGCUCGCAUCGUGAGAUAUUCCAAGUACCCGCCACUGGGAACACGUGGGUAUGGACCAAUGUUUGCAACCCAUGCGAUUCCGGGCGUGGGAACAGCAUAUGAUGCCGGAGCUGCAACAGGCCUAUUGGUCGUUGUGCAGAUAGAGUCAAAAUCGGGCGUGGAAAACAUUGAGGAAAUUACUCGAGUAGAGGGUGUUGAUGUGGUCUUUAUUGGUCCUUUUGACCUUGCCAAGCAGAUGGGAGUCGAGCGUGGCGGAGAGGAGCACGAGGCCGCCAUCCAGCGCAUUCUGAACGCCACAAAGUCUGCCGGGAAGAAAGCGGCGAUAUUCUGCACAGACGGUGCUCAGGCAAGACAGCGUGAACGAGAUGGAUUUGACAUGGUUUCCGUCACCACAGAUGUAGGGCUCUUGGGCGACGGUAUGAAACAUGAACUCCAAGCGGCUCGGGGCUUUCAAGCGAUUGAUAGUCUUGAACGGAGUGGCUAUUAG